CUUAUUUUCGUUUUCGCGCCCGCUUAGUUUUAUCCCGCUUCCUCUUUUAGGGUUUUGAAAACCUCUUCUCCUUUCACUUUCCCCCACUCUCACUCUCGCACUUUCUCGAGAAAAAAAUCGUCGCAAUUCGCCGGAAAAAUGCCGCCGAUUAACUUGACGGAAGGAGCAAUAGAGAUGCUAUCGAUCGGAGAAGGGCAUCCCGAGGAGUUUAAACCGGUGCUACAGAUCACGGAUGUUCGGUUGGUGAAUACUCAGAACCAGACAAACAAUAAUGAACGAUACCGGAUUUUGAUAUCGGACGGAACGCAUAUUCAGCAAGGGAUGUUAGCUACGCAGAAGAACGAUCUAAUUCGGUCUCAACAGAUUCGGAAAGGAACUAUUAUUCAGAUGAAAGAGUUCGUUCGUAAUGUCAUCCAGAAUCGAGUGAUCAUCAUUAUUAUUGAAUUAGAUAUUUUACUUGAGACGUGUGAUCAAAUUGGAGACCCAAAGCAUUAUGUCAGAACUGAUGGUAGUGUCCCUUCGGUGCCACGACCAGCUGCCCCGCUGCAGCCUUCCACCAAUCAAUUAGGUGGUGUAAGUGUAAACCCCCAAUCAAUUGCUUCUCUUUCCGCUACUUCAGGCUCAACUCCAAGACCAAAUAUGUCAGGAGGAAUGCAAUCUCCAGAGAUGAACCGUAGCAGUGUUUACAAUACUGCCUCUGUUGGGAAUACUGACUCUGGACGAUAUAGUUCAGGUGCACCUCUUUACCCCAGAGCAGAAUCUGGUCCUGCAAUUUCACGGGCUCCAAUGAAUUAUGUGCGUCCACCUCAGCCUUCUUAUCAACAGCCUCCUCAGUCUUCUUAUCAGCAGCCAUCACCAAUGUACUCCAACAGAGGACCUGUAGCCAAGAAUGAAGCACCUCCAAGGAUUAUUCCAAUUGCUGCUCUCAAUCCAUAUCAGGGUCGGUGGACUAUCAAGGCCAGGGUAACUGCAAAGACGGAACUCAGACACUACAACAAUCAAAGGGGUGAUGGAAAAGUAUUCUCUUUUGAUCUUCUUGAUUCCGAUGGAGGAGAAAUAAGGGUGACUUGUUUUAACUCUGUAGCUGACCAAUUUUAUGACCAGAUUGAACCAGGUAGAGUGUAUCAAAUUUCAAAAGGAAGCUUGAAACCAGCUCAGAAAAAUUACAAUCACCUUCCAAAUGACCAUGAAAUUAUGCUCGAGAGCACGUCUGUAGUUCAACCUUGUUUUGAGGAUGACAGGGCUAUUCCUCAGCAGCAAUUUCAUUUUCGGCCAAUCAGUGACAUUGAAGCCAUGGAGAACAACAAUGUGAUAGAUGUCAUUGGUGUGGUGUCUUCAAUAAGUCCAUCUAGUUCAAUAAUGAGGAAAAAUGGUACAGAAACUCAGAAGAGAGUCCUCCAGCUGAAGGACAUGUCUGGUAGAAGUGUUGAAGUAACUUUGUGGGGAAAUUUCUGCAAUGCAGAAGGUCAAACACUUCAGAGUCUCUGUGAUUCUGGGGCUUUCCCUGUCUUGGCAGUUAAAGCUGGUAGAGUAAAUGAUUUUAAUGGCAAAUCUAUAGGUACUAUAUCUACAAGCAAGUUGUUUAUAGAACCAGAUUUUCCUGAAGCUCUGAAAACGAAGGCAUGGUUCGAAAGGGAGGGAAAGAACAUGCCAUCUAUGUCAUUGUCACGAGAAGUGAGCAGUAUUGGUCGGACAGAUGUGCGGAAGACUAUAUCUCAAAUCAAAGAUGAGAAGUUAGGCACUUCUGAGAAACCAGAUUGGAUCACUGUAAGUGCCAGUGUUACAUUUAUAAAGGUUGACAAUUUUUGCUAUACUGCAUGUCCCCUCAUGAUAGGAGAUAGACAGUGCAACAAAAAAGUGACAAAUAAUGGGGAUGGGAAAUGGCGGUGUGACAGGUGUGAUCAGACUGUUGAUGAAUGUGAAUAUAGGUACAUUCUUCGGUUCCAGAUUCAGGACCAUACUGGCUUAACAUGGGUUACUGCAUUUCAAGAAUGUGGUGACCAGAUAAUGGGUGUAUCUGCAAAAGAAUUGUAUUUCUUAAAAUAUGAGGAGCAGGAUGAUGAUAGGUUUGCAGAAAUCAUGCGUAAUGUGUUAUUCAACCAGUUUAUAUUUAAAUUGAAAGUGAAAGAAGAGAUGUAUAGUGAUGAGCAGCAUGUUAAGUCAACAGUGGUCAAAGCUGAGAAGCUGAACUUCCAACCAGAGACCAGGUUUCUGUUUGACCUGAUAAACAAGAUUAAUGGGCAGGAAUCCAGCACUUUACCUCCUAAGACAGAUGAUGCAACUCUGAAUUCAGGGUUUAAUAAUACUGGAUUUGGGAAUAAACGCAAAGAACCAAUGAGCCCUGUUGCAAGUUAUGGUGUCAGCCAUAGCGGUAUCAGCAGAGAUAGUGGACUGCAGGGAAAUCGGCAAGGUCCAUAUGGGAAUCAGCUUACAGGCUCACAGUUCGCUCCGCCUGGCUCUACUGCAGGCAGUAUCAGCAGAGAAAGUGGACUGCAGGGAAAUCGGCAAGGUCCAUAUGGAAAUCAGCCUACUGGAACACAAAAUGCUCCAACUGGCUCUUCUACAGGCAUGUAUAUGAGCUGUAAUAGUUGUGGUGGAACAGGUCAUAGUGCUUCAAACUGUCCAAGCAUGAUGAGUGGUCAGAGCCAGGCAUAUGGAGGUGGUUUUGGCAAUAGGGCAACUUCAGGGAUGAGCAGUGGUGGUGGUGGUGGUGGUGGUGGUGGUGAGUGUUAUAAAUGCCAUCAGUAUGGACAUUGGGCAAGAGAUUGCCCAGGCGUAAGCAAUGCACCUGCUGCCAAUAACAUGACAUCAGGAAGAUACGGGAAUACUCCAAGGCAACACGUCGGUGGUUUUUGAUGAACCUUUUUGAGCGCAUAAAGUUGUCCUGUACAGGUUUAGAUGUCUUCUCUUAGUGGUUCAUCAUGGCUCAUGUUCUGCUUUUGAGAAAGCUUCUUGAGGGCUUGCGUUUUGCCUUUCUGUACAGUGGUCGCAUGGGGCUUAAAUUAUGCGUCACUGUUCCUGGACGAGAGUGCACUACAAGUCUUGUCGUCCUUGUUUUGAGGAGUGACAUUUCGUUGCUCUUUCCUUGUAAAUUAUAGUCUUGCAUUAUCAUCUCUUUUCGUCUUUCUUUUUUUGAGUUCUUUUAGGUAAUCUUUCUUUGUGGUUUCGACCUUUUAAGAUAAAAACUCUUGUGUUACAGUUUAGACUAACAUGUGUAUGUUGUCACAUCUUUUUAAUCUGUCACAUGUCAUCUUUAUUUAU